GAUCCCCCCCAGCUUUCCGUGAACAGCGAGCCCUCCUUGAGUCUUUUCCCUCCCACCCUCGAUUCCAAUUUUUCUCCCCCCGAUCUCUUUGUGCUCGCUGUUUGCUUCGUCAUUGCGACGGCCUGACCUAAAUGGCGCCCCGUCGUACUGCCACUACUUCGUCUACCACCACCACCACCACCACCACCACAACUACACACUCCACUACCAACUCCUCCCGCUCGUCUCCGAAAAGCCUUCUGGCGUCAUUAGGCAUGGACGAUGACUCGGAUUGCUCGAGUUUAAGCUCAGCGCCGGCAUCACCUCUGGCACCGCCUGGUUUCUAUCCGUCGCCGCCCCCGUCGCAGGACGCGGAUGAGCCUAGCGCCGCCCGCAGCCAAGACGAGUUGCCGCCCGCCAGGAAGAAGCGUCGGGUCGCCGCCCCCAAAGAACGCCGGACUCAGCAUCUCGACCUGUCGGCCACCGCCGGCUUGUCCUACACUGAACAGCAGUCGCAAAUUGACUAUCUCGUCAAAACGAUUCAGCGUCACCGCAAAAUUGUCGUCAUCGCCGGUGCGGGUAUCUCCACCUCCGCAGGAAUUCCUGAUUUCCGCUCGACCGACGGUCUCUUCAAGACUCUGCAGAAGAAACAUAACCUCAAAGCAUCGGGCAAGCUCUUGUUCGAUGCAGCCGUCUACCAGGAUGAGGCGUUGACCGCCUCCUUCCAGGACAUGGUACGGUCGCUGUCCGAGGAAGCAGCCAAGACCUCUCCCACAGCUUUCCACCACAUGCUGGCGCGACUGGGCCAGGAGAACCGUCUCACUCGUCUCUACACACAAAACAUCGAUGGCAUUGAGACCUCAAUGCCUCCGUUGGCCACGCAGAUCCCGUUGAACGUCAAAGCGCCCUGGCCACGCACCAUCCAAUUGCAUGGCAGUCUUGACAAGAUGGUUUGCCAGAAAUGUCGACAUCUGAGUGACUUCGAUGCGGGCUUAUUUGACCGUCCCGAUGCCCCCGAAUGCCCGGAGUGCUGCCGUAACAAUCAGUUCCGUAUGGAAACCGGCCAACGUAGCCAUGGUAUCGGCAAGAUGAGACCUCGCAUUGUUCUGUACAACGAGCACAACCCGGACGAGGAGGCCAUCACGUCCGUCAUGAAUGCUGACAUCCGUUCUCGCCCGGACGCUCUAAUUGUGGUCGGUACGAGUCUGAAGAUUCCCGGAGUGCGUCGCCUGGUAAAGAGUCUUUGCUCCGUCAUUCGGAGUCGCCGUAACGGAGUGACCAUGUGGAUCAACAAUGAGUACCCCACCGGCAAGGAGUUUGAGGAUUGUUGGGAUCUAAUGGUCAAGGGCGACUGUGAGGAAGUUGCGCGGCUGGCCAAUCUGAAGCGCUGGGAUGCACAGGACGACGUGUUUGAUGAGUGUAAUUCUUCGGAAGUGGAACGAGUGAAGAAAGAACAAGGCGAGGUGUCGGUGGUUGUCACCCCCAGCAAGAAACGACCCACUCCGACAGGCUUCCUUACUCCAUCGUCGAGUUAUGAGGAUGAAUCCAAACCUUUGGCGAAGAAAGGUCGCCCGAACCCCGCCAGCAACGGACGGAGCAUUACAGAUGUGCUGCAGGCGGCCAAGACAGACGGGCCAAAGAAGGCUGCUCCAAAGAAAGCGGCUCCGAAGAAGGCUGCGCCUAAAGGACGACCAAAGAAGGCCGAGCCAGCGAAGAACUCCAAGAUCAACAAUUUCGGAAGGGUCACCAAGGCUCAGAAAGCUGCCACAAGUGACAAGUCGACCAAGCUGGACAAGGACGACACCAAGGCGAUGCACCCGUUGGCUCCGGGCGCUGCUCGCAACAACGGACCGAAUCAGACGUUCCCCAAAAUGGUGGGCAAGGGUGCCUCUACUCCUCCACCAAGCGGUCGGUGGCGACAGAACGAGACCAUUUCUCCUGACUCUAUUCCCCGAGGAAUGAAUCUGUUACUGAACGAGCCGACCGCAUGACUCGGCUCGGGUCUGCGUCAGCGCGUCUUCCCGUCUUCUUUUCUUCUUUUUCUUCUCCUUUACUAUUAUUUUACAUUUAAGGCCUUCCUGGGGAGUC